AUGAGCUUGCGGGUUGUGGCGCCAUGUCAUGCCUUCAUCAGUCCGUCCGAGUCUGCGUCUGUGGCAACUGACAAGGCUGCCAUUCACGCCAGACGCCGCGUCGUGUUCGCUUCCGUGAACUUCGCCCGGAAAGGUGAUGGAGACUUGGCUGCUGUCACCACGCUGGAGGCGGGCGAGAGUUAUAGGCGAGCGUGGUGGGAACCGAGACGCAUCGACGACCAGGCCGCGUUAGCGUACUGUUGA